AUGAGUACGCUCGAGAAUACAUUCCAAAUAGAGUUAAAACUGGAAAAGGAAAAAACUAACCAAGCUCUGCUGAAAGAUCAUGUCGAGAAAUAUUCUGAAUUGACGCAAUCCAUGUCAAAGAUUCUAAAUUCAUUCGAACAGCGACUGGGUAAACUUGAGCAUACAAUACUACCGGUUUACAACAUAACAAAGAACCUACAAAAACAACAACAGAAUCUUGAUAGCACCCUUCAAUGCAUGGAGCAGGUGCUCUCUCAUUAUGAUGCCUCGCAAGAUGUAUGUAAUCUCAUUCAUCAAGGACCAUCCGAAGGAAACAUAGGAACGUUCCUGGAUGGAUUGAAUAAAUUGAAAAAGGCGAAAGAUUACUUUUUGAACAAUAAUCCUCAGAGUGUCGAGCUGGAGAACGUAACCAGCUUGUUUAACAAUGGUUGCGAGACUCUGAACAAUCACUUUAAAUCGCUGCUGAAAAAACACAAUGCUCCAUUGAAACCGGUGGACCUGCUGGACAUGAUUUAUAUCGAGGAUGAUUCAUCGAACGAAGACUGCCCUUCGAUCAAGCAACUACCGCCUAGCGCUCGCGAUGAACUGAACGUGAUUGCCCAAUGGCUGGAUAACAAUCUGCGACGAGAGUAUGUGCAAAUAUUUGGCGACGAACGUUCGGAUGUGAUAAUGCGUUCGUUGCAAAAUUUAAAAGAUCAUCAAAAAAGCGGAAGCUGGGGAAAUGAACCACUGCGAACCAGGCACGGAUACGGUCGCAUGGAUAUGGGGGUAAAGAAGACCACAUCUGCCCGAUUACAACAAAUAUUUGAGCGUAAAGCCAACAAAAUGUUUAUGAAAGCUUCCCAAACUCUCGGCCAAUCGGCGGGGUUAGCUAUGCGAAAAAAUUCCUCUUUUGGAGAUAUUUUAGCAGCUGAAGAAUAUGGUAAUGAUAAUGAUCAGGAACUGGAAAAGUAUCUCGUGCUUUUGUUGGGACUCCAAAAGUUGCUCGUAUGGGAGCGGCAAUUGUUAAACGACAUUGUUCCCUCUUCGCGCCACAACGAAGUCUUCUCUCGUCUGUCACAACCAUCUAUCGAAAUGGUGGUUAAGGAUGCGGAGCAAAUUACAUCUAAAGUGAUGCGAAGUAUUUCUCGUAAGGAGUGGUCAGCAGCGUUGGGAAUAUUUUCAGCGCUCAAGCACGUGCAAAUCUUGCAACCAGAUAUCGAUCGCAUAUGCGAUUCCAUGCAAAAGCAGCAACUGUCCGGUGUACUGAACAGGUUGCAACAAACGGCUUCUAAGGGAUUGGAACAGUUUAUUGAGUCCAUUCGUAACGAUUCCGGUGGUGGUGGCAUGGUCAGCAUGACGUCUAGCACAAUUAGCUACGGUGGAGGGUCGAACGUUCCGCGUGAUGCUACAGUGUAUGAACUGACCUCGAACACGAUCUGGUUCCUGGAACAGUUGCAAGAACAUUGUGAUACAAUUGGAGGCCUUCUUCAAACGGAAGCGAUAUACACAAAUGAUCUUGAUCGCAUUGCUUUGCAUAAGGCGGUGUCUGUGGAACAGAAAAAUAAGGCUCUACUUGGGAUCUAUAUUAGGAAAGUUUUGGCAGAAUUGAAUUACACCAUUGCCACUAAAUCAGAACAGUACGGUGAUCAGGCCACAAAACAGUUAUUCAAACUGAACAACACUCAUUACAUAUUGAAAUCACUACAACGAUCAAGCUUGAUUGAGAUCGUUUCCCUGACCGAACAUGACUGCGAGCGUCGCUAUCAGAAAAUGAUUCAAGAUCUGAAAAAGGCCUAUUUAGGUUCGUGGUCGAAGCUAUUGUCCUACAUUCAUCCAUUAGACGAUAUGCCACGGCCUAUAAACGGUAAAGUCAAGGAUAAGGAACGAGCUACAAUCAAGGAUCGGUUCUCGAACUUUAACAAGGAGCUGGAUGACGCAGUAAAAAUACAACGUGCGAUUUCCGUACCAGAUGUGCUGUUACGCGAAGGAAUCAAACGUGAUAAUACAGAACACAUAGUCCCAAAGUACAACGCGUUCUUUGAAGUGUAUUCUGAUGUGCAAUUUAGCAAGAACAUCGAUAAAUAUGUUAAAUAUCGGCCAUCAGAUGUCACAACUAUGCUAAAUAGUUUUUUUGAUGAUACUGUGUAA